AGAAAAGCCAGCAGUGGGCACGCGUUGGUGUGAGAUGAGAUCACCCGUACCGGACGGAUCAGAGUAGAAAUCCCGGUCCACUUAAUAACGUCACCCCCAUAUUAACGCUGUCAGCUUUUGAUUUUGUUUGAUAAUUCAACAGUGACCACAUGUUGACAAGAUCGGACGGACCAGAGGCAGGCUUUGAGGGACUCUUGUUUGGGCUUGGUAGACGGAGUGAUCGGUUAAAGGCUAUUUUUUAUUUGCUUCCUCUGCAUAUACAGUGACUUCAGCAGAUCAAAGCAUUUCUGCCUUCACAAAUCCGUUUCCAGGAUCAGGACCUUCUAAAACAGGAUGAAUCACCUGUCAUUGAGUGAGCUGUGUUGCCUUUUCUGCUGUCCACCAUGCCCAAGCAGAAUAGCCUCCAAGUUGGCCUUCCUUCCACCGGAACCCACCUACACCCUGAUGUGUGAUGAGAGCGGCAGCCGUUGGACACUCCAUCUUUCGGAGCGUGCUGAUUGGCAAUACUCAGCCCGGGAGAAGGAUGCUAUUGAAUGCUUCAUGACCCGGACUUCUAGAGGGAACCGAAUCGCCUGUAUGUUUGUACGAUGUUCCCCCAAUGCUCGCUACACCUUGUUGUUUUCACAUGGUAAUGCUGUAGACUUGGGUCAGAUGAGUAGUUUCUACAUUGGCCUGGGCUCCCGGAUCAACUGUAAUGUGUUCUCCUAUGACUAUUCGGGCUAUGGGGCUAGCUCAGGGAAGCCUUCAGAGAAGAAUCUGUAUGCUGACGUGGACGCAGCCUGGCAUGCACUACGAACAAGGUAUGGGAUCAGGCCAGAGAAUGUGAUUAUUUACGGCCAGAGCAUUGGUACGGUUCCUUCAGUGGAUCUGGCCUCUCGGUACGAGAGCGCUGCUGUCGUCCUUCACUCUCCUCUGACCUCAGGCAUGCGGGUGGCUUUUCCUGACACCAAGAAGACCUACUGCUUCGACGCAUUUCCCAACAUUGAUAAAAUCUCUAAAGUGACGUCUCCAGUGCUGGUGAUUCACGGUACGGAGGACGAGGUGAUUGAUUUCUCUCAUGGCCUGGCCCUGUACGAGCGCUGCCAGCGGCCUGUGGAGCCGCUCUGGGUGGAAGGUGCAGGACACAACGAUGUUGAGCUGUAUGGACAGUACCUGGAGCGCUUGAAACAGUUUGUGGCUCACGAACUCGUAAACUUAUAAAUGGACCUUAAGAUCAAGACUCGGCUUACUUGAUAAACAUGCCCCUGGUGCCCAGCUGGCAACUGUGAACUUUAACUGCAUUUCCCCUCACUUAUUCUGUUCUUGUUGUUUCUCAUUAAGUUGCACUUCUCCAUGAUGUAUAGAAAAUGGGAGCAGUGUCCGUAUACUGCCUUUCUUAGUGGUGUGUUUGUGAACGAGGGCUUGUACGUUUCAGUGACUUCAUAAUGUGUAUAUAUACUAAUGAAAUCAAGGUCAUUCCAUUUGAAUCAAGGUUUGCUUUGCUAUAUGUAAUACAUUUUAUUUAAUCACGUAUAAUAAACUAGAGUACUGUAAAAAAAAAAAUGCAACGUUCUGACACAAACAGUCAAUGCCAAAUAAUCAGCACAUUAAACUUUGCCAUGUUUUCGUUUCUAAUACAUCUAAGUAUUAUGUGUACAAUCUCUAUGUAAUAACAUUUUCUUGGAUUUUGAAUUCAUUUAUUUGGUCACACUUUAUUUUGAUGGUUUGUUUGUUAAAUUUAAGUUACAUUGCAUCUACAUGCUAACUAAUUCUCAUUAUAUUAGAAAUUGACUGUUAGGUUGGGGUUAGGGUUGGGCUUAGUAAAGCUGACAUGUACUUGACAGUUACUUAUAGUCAGUGAAAUGUCUGUAAGGAGCAGUAGCAACAGAUAUUAAGCAGACAGUCUGCUAAUACUCAAAUGGACCAUCAAAAUAAAGGGUUACCAUUUACAUCUACAUGUGUAUUCAUGUCGAUGUGGUUUUUCUAGAGCUCUACAUGUCUAGUCGUUUAUGCAUUUUGCUCUUACCUGUAUUCUCUGUCCUUGACUUUAAAAUCGAUGCUGGACGAUGUGACGGUAAUAUCUGUUUUUAACUUUCAAAUAAACAAUAAAUAAAUAAUAUAAUUAAUAAUUUUGGCUCGCAAUAGCCUAAAGUAAAACGCACAUACAGUGCUCAGCAUAUAUAUGUACACCCCUCACAAUCCAUCUUUUAAAUUCAUAUUUUUAAUAGGAAGCUAUAAAAUAUUAUAUUUGUGCAUAUAUAUUAGAUUAGUCAGUAUUGAAGCCAAAUCUGGAGCUCAUCUAACAAAAUAAAUUACGAUAACGGUCCAAAACCUAGUACACCUAAAUUUCUGUUAUAGAAAAAUAUUAAAUACAAAUUUAAAAAAAGGAAAAAUCAAGAGAAGCAAAAAAAACCCUGAAAAAUUUAGUUGAAAUUUGUAUGUUGUAAUUUUUUUGCAGCUUUUAGCUUGAAUUUAAUUGUAUUAUCUUUCUAUUUCUAAAUAUGUUUGGUGACUAAAAUAUUAUUUUAUUAAAUAUAUCUGUUUAAUAAAUCUGGUUUGUUUAAAUGCACUAAAGUACAUUGCCUAUAUUCACUGAGAAAUGGAUAGAAAUAUUCAUUUUCAAAAUGUGGUGUACACUAUUAUGCUGCGCACUUUAUGGAUGAUGUCACUAAUAUUUCUCUACUUUUGCACUUUUUUUAAAAAAACAAAAGUAAUUCAUAAGACUAUACAUAUACUGCGUCUAACUUUUUAAUCUGUUUGCUUUCUUUUAUUCCGAUAUCAUUUAAACCAUCUUGUGUCUCGCACAUAAAAUACCUUCUUACUGUUAUGCGCCAUGAUAAGGCUGUUACUUUAGACUGCUGCUGAAUUUACAGUAGGCAGCGACGUUUGUUUAAUUUCUCAUUUGAGAAGUAUUAAACAUGGUGAUAUGAGUUGUAAGGAUGUGGUUUAAU